UCAGUUACUCGUGGCCAGAGUAAAUGGAAAGAUCAAGUGAAAAGCCUACUUUCAGUGGUCUGAAAACCAAGUUGACGUUUGACAAAAAGCUGUGGAAAAACAUAUGAACCUGAGGUCUUCUUCGACAGUCGAACAGUAAUUGUGAUAACCAACCAUUGUGAUAAACAAGCUAAGCCAAAGUGCCAACAAAAAAAAAAAAUAAGAAACAGAAACUCUUUUCACAACAAACAAUUCCAAAGUUUUUUCUCGUUUGAAACAAAUUCAUAAAAUACAAAACAAGCAAAAUGCCUGAGCUCAUUGAACAAAGCAAAAUUAUCUCCGGCAACGUGUGUGGUUUGCCCCAAUUGCACAAGUUGCGCCAGGACAACUGCGGUCUGUACAGCCACAUCCGUGGCAUUCCCAUCUCCUACGGAAAUGUGGAUUCGCUGACCAGUGGAGUUCGAGCUUUUGUAGAGGAGGGAAUCGCUCUCUGCCAGCCGGAGCAGGUGCACAUCUGCGAUGGCAGCGAGCAGGAGAACAAGAUGCUCAUCAAGAGCCUCCUGGAGGCGGGCACCAUUGUCCCCUUGCCCAAGUACGAGAACUGCUGGCUGGCCCGCACCAAUCCCGCUGAUGUGGCUCGCGUGGAAUCCCGCACCUUCAUCUGCACGGAGAAGAGGGAGGAGACCAUUCCCACUCCGCUGGAGGGAGUGAAGGGCGCCCUGGGCAACUGGAUCGCUCCCGAGGACAUGAAUGAGGCGGUGCAGCAGCGAUUCCCCGGCUGCAUGAAGGGUCGCACCAUGUACGUGGUGCCCUUCAGCAUGGGACCAGUGGGUUCCCCGCUCUCCAAGAUCGGCAUCGAACUCACGGAUUCUGCCUACGUGGUGGCCUCCAUGAGGAUCAUGACCCGCAUGGGUGCCGCUGUCCUUAGUCAGCUGGCCAAGAAGGAGGAGUUCGUGAGGGCUCUCCACUCGGUGGGAGCUCCCGCCAACGGAAAGGUGGAGCAGCCAUCCUGGCCCUGCGAUCCCGAACGCACCAUCAUCCUGCACAAGCCCGCCGAGAAUCUGAUUGUGUCCUACGGAUCUGGUUAUGGAGGAAACUCCCUGCUCGGAAAGAAGUGCUUCGCCUUGCGGAUUGGCAGCACCAUUGCCAAGAGGGAAGGAUGGUUGGCUGAGCACAUGCUCAUCCUGGGAAUCACCGAUCCCAAGGGGGAGAAGAAGUACAUCACCGCCGCCUUUCCCUCCGCUUGUGGCAAGACCAACUUGGCCAUGUUGAACCCCUCGCUGGCCAACUACAAGGUGGAGUGUGUGGGUGACGACAUCGCCUGGAUGAAGUUCGACUCGGAGGGAGUGCUGCGUGCCAUCAACCCGGAGAAUGGAUUCUUCGGCGUGGCUCCCGGAACCUCGAUGGAAACCAACCCGAUUGCCAUGAACACCGUGUUCAAGAACACCAUCUUCACAAACGUGGCUUCCACCUCCGAUGGUGGCGUCUUCUGGGAGGGAAUGGAGAGCAGCCUGGCUCCCAAUGUCCAGAUCACCGACUGGCUGGGCAAGCCCUGGUCCAAGGAGUCCGGCAAGCCAGCCGCGCAUCCCAACUCCCGCUUCUGCACCCCGGCUGCUCAAUGUCCCAUCAUCGAUGGUGCCUGGGAGGAUCCGGCGGGAGUGCCCAUCUCCGCCAUGCUCUUCGGAGGUCGUCGUCCAGCGGGAGUUCCACUGAUCUACGAGGCGAGGGACUGGACCCAUGGAGUGUUCAUUGGAGCUGCCAUGAGGAGCGAGGCCACCGCUGCAGCGGAGCACAAGGGCAAGGUGAUCAUGCACGAUCCCUUCGCCAUGAGGCCCUUCUUCGGUUACAACUUCGGCGACUACGUGGCCCACUGGUUGAGCAUGGAGAAGAGGGGACAGGUGCCCAAGAUCUUCCACGUCAACUGGUUCCGCAAGAGCGCCGAGGGCAAGUUCAUGUGGCCCGGAUACGGAGAGAACUCCCGAGUGCUCGAGUGGAUCCUUCGCCGGGUGAACGGAGAGUCCUGCUUCGUGGACUCCGCCAUCGGUCACAUUCCGUCGGAGGGUGACCUCAACCUGAAGGGCAUGAAGGAGCAGGUCGAUGUGGAGGAGCUCUUCUCGCUGCCCAAGGAGUUCUGGUCGCAGGAGGUGAAGGACAUCCGCACCUACUUCGAAUCGCAGGUGGGCGCCGAUCUGCCCGCCUCCAUUUACAAGGAGCUGGAUGAGCUCACCGCCCGCGUUGCCAACCUUUAAGAGGAAAGUUGGAACCCAGAAAGAAAGCUAACACACACAAACACAUCUUUACCCGCCCCGCAUGCCUGCUCACCCCCACAUACUCACCCAAAGUGUUAUCCUGUUCUACCCUAUAUCAUCCAAAUCCUAUACUGUCGUUUCUCUAGAACUUAAGACCAAGACUUCCAAACUAUUUAUUAUGUAAGCAGCUAUAAGUUUAAGAAUUAAGAAAAGAAUCAAAAACAACAAAAAUAAAUCAAUCGAUUUUAUAGCCUAAA